UCCAGCAGCCGAUCCUGCGCCGGGGCGGUGCCCGAGUGCAGCCGCUGCGCAUCGACGUCUCCCCUCCCGUGCGGUUUUUAAUGCAGAUGCUCUCAGACUGAAACCUUUUAUUAAAAAGAAAAAAAACAAAAAAAACCCUUUCAACGUAAACAGGAGCUGAUCUCUGCUGCAGGCGCCUUGUCGGGGCUCAGGCGGGUCUCUCUGUGCCUCGGGGGCUGCCAGCUGCUGCAGACCUGGGAAAGAAUGUGAUUUGAGCCUUUAGCUCCGGAAAGGAGCUUUGCUGCAGGAAUGCCGUCCGGCUCCUGCCGGCCCCGGAGCUCAGCCCUGUGCCCGGCACUGUGCCCAGGGUGUGAUAAGCCCCGAAACAGAAGGAAGUGAGAGCCCAGCCGUCGGCCUCAGCUUGGGGCUACCCCCCCCUGCUCUCACCCCCGGAGCCCAGCGGGGCCCGCGACCCCCGCGAUGGCCGUGGGCACCCAGCUGGGGCUGCUGCUCUGGAAGAAUUUCACCUACCGCCGGCGGCAGCGGAUCCAGCUGACUAUCGAGAUCCUGUGGCCCCUCUUCCUCUUCCUUAUCUUGAUCUCAGUGCGGCGAUCCCACCCGCCCUUCAAGCAGCAUGAGUGCCACUUUCCCAACAAGGCGCUGCCCUCGGCGGGGACCCUGCCCUGGCUGCAGGGCAUCAUCUGCAACAUCAACAACCCCUGCUUCCGGCACCCCACGGCGGGAGAGGCCCCUGGCGUGGUGGGCAACUUCGAUGGCUCCAUCCUCUCCCGUCUCCUGGGCGAAACCCGGCAAGUUCUGCUCCGCGGCCACGGGCAGCGGCUCCUGCGCAGCUUCGCCCGGCUCCUGCCCGCCCUGCGCCGGCUCCGGGACACCGGGAAUCAGCGGAGGGCUCUGCCCGUGAGGGAAUACUUGAGAGAGAACGAGACCUUCUCCCGGUUCCUGCGGACCAACACAUCUCUGCCGCCGGCGCUGGUGGAUGAGCUGAUGGGGGCUCGGCUCAGCCCCCGCAUCUUCUCCCUGGAGAGCAUUCGCCUCCCGCUAAAGGCCCUGGUCUGCAACGCCUCGGCCCUGGGGGGUUUCCUGGUGGGCGGCGACGCCGACUCCAGCCCGAGCCUGCAGCAAGGACUGUGCGCGCUGCCCAGCUCCCAGCUCCGUGCCAUGGAGGGCUUCUUCCUCUCCCAGAUGGACUUCCCACGACUCCUGUCGGAACAGCUGAGCUCCGAUUUGGGCGGAGUCGCUGGCACCGUGGAAGCUUUGGGCGGCUUCCUGCGGGACGCAGCAUCCCUGAUGGAGGAGGUCUCCUCCAUGACCAGCCUGGCCGAGCUGCGUCAGGAGCUCAUGGGGCUGAGGGCCCCCAACACCAGCACGGGAGCCUUCACAGCCGUGUCACGCAUCGCCUGUGGACACCCUGAGGGCGGGGGGCUCAGGAUCCCCUCCCUCAACUGGUACGAGGACAGUGAUGUCAAAGCCUUCCUGGACCGGAACAGCUCUGAGCAGAGACCCGUGGCUUCAGGCAGCACCAGUCCCUUCUGCCGGGAGCUGCUCCGCAGCCUGGAGUCCAGCCCCCUCUCACAGAUCUUCUGGCGGGGGAUCAAGCCCCUCUUUGUGGGGAAGAUCCUGUACACACCGCCCGGGCCUGGCCCCGACAGCGUCAUGGCUGAGGUGAAUCGAACCUUCCGGGAGCUGGCGGUGCUGGGGGAGCUGGGGGGGGCCUGGCAGGAGCUGGGACCCCGAAUCUACACCCUCCUCAACAGCAGCCUGGAGAUGCAGGUGCUCCAGGACCUGCUGCUGGCCCCAAGCACAGCCCAGAUCCUGGAUGGAUUCCUCAAUGGCACCUCCUGGAAGCUGUCGGAUCUGGCCACAUUCCUGGCAGGGCCAGAGGGGGGACCAGGCCUCACCUGGCAGCGGGUGUACGCUGAUGUGGACGCAGCCCUGAGGACGCUGUCACAGUUCAUGGAGUGUGUCUGCCUGGACAAGAUCGAGGCAGUGGCCACUGAGGAGCAGCUGGUAGCCCGUGCCCUGGAGCUGCUGGAGGAGCAGCAGUUUUGGGCAGCAGUGGUUUUCCAGCCCCCCAUCAAUGCCACGGCCCCCGGACUGCCACCUCACGUCCGCUACAAGAUCCGCAUGGACAUCGACGACGUCACGAGGACCAACAAGAUCAAGGACAGGUUUUGGGACCCAGGCCCCGCAGCUGACCCCUUCAGUGACUUGCGCUACGUCUGGGGGGGCUUUGUCUACAUCCAAGACCUGGUGGAGCAGGCGGUGGUUCGGGUGCAGACCGGGGCUGCCCCACGGACUGGGGUCUACGUCCAGCAGAUGCCCUACCCCUGCUACGUGGACGAUGUGUUCCUGAGGGUCCUGAACCGCUCGCUGCCUCUCUUCAUGACGCUGGCCUGGAUCUACUCAGUGGCCAUGAUCAUCAAGGGCGUGGUGCACGAGAAGGAGACGCGUCUCAAGGAGACCAUGAAGACCAUGGGGCUGAGCAGCGGGAUCCUCUGGCUCAGCUGGUUCCUCAGCAGCUUCAUCCCCUUCCUCCUCAGCUCUGCCCUCCUUGUCCUCAUCCUGAAGCUGGGAAACAUCCUGCCCUACAGCAACCCAGCAGUCAUCUUCCUCUUCCUCGGCACCUUCUCGGUGGCCACCAUCAGCCAGUGCUUCCUCAUCAGCACCUUCUUCCUCCGUGCCAACCUGGCCUCGGCGUGCGGCGGCAUCAUUUACUUCUCGCUGUACCUGCCCUACGUGCUGUGCGUCGCCUGGCGCGAUUACAUCACCUUCCCAAUGCGUGUCCUCGUGAGCCUGCUGUCCCCCGUGGCCUUUGGCUUCGGCUGCGAUUACUUCUCCCUCUAUGAGGAGCAGGGGGUGGGCAUGCAGUGGCACAACCUGGCUGCCAGCCCCGUGCCAGGAGACCAGUACAGCUUUGCUGCAGCCAUGGGGCUGCUGCUGCUGGACGCUGUCCUCUACGGCCUGGCCACCUGGUACCUCGAGGGUGCCUUCCCAGGUCAGUACGGGAUCCCCAAGCCCUGGAACUUCCCCUUCCUGAAGAGCUACUGGUUUGGAGAGUCAUCCUCAUCUGGGCACUCCCUGUGCCACCCCGCACCCCAGACUGCACCCCAGGUGCUGGUGGAGGAGCCGCCUGCCGAACUCCAUCCCGGCGUCUCCAUCCGCAACCUGGUGAAGAUCUACGGCCGCAGCGGCCGUGCGGCCGUCAACGGGCUGAGCCUGGACUUCUACGAGGGGCAGAUCACGUCCUUCCUGGGCCACAACGGCGCUGGGAAGACCACCACCAUGUCCAUCCUGACCGGCCUCCUGCCCCCCACCUCGGGCACUGCCUAUAUCCUGGGCUGGGACAUCCGCUCCGAUAUCGACAGCAUCCGCAAGUCCAUGGGGAUGUGCCCCCAGCACAACGUGCUCUUCGACAUCCUGACGGUGGAGGAGCACAUCUGGUUCUACGGGCGGCUGAAGGGGCUCUCGGAGCAGCAGGUGCGGGAGGAGACGGAGCAGCUGCUCCAGGACACGGGGCUGCUGCACAAGCGCCGGGAGCAGACCAGGAACCUCUCAGGCGGGAUGCAGCGGAAGCUCUCGGUGGCCAUCGCCUUCGUGGGCGGCUCCCGGGUUGUCAUCCUGGACGAGCCCACGGCCGGCGUCGAUCCCUUCUCCCGCCGCAGCAUCUGGGAGCUGCUGCUCAAGUACCGCAAAGGCCGCACCAUCAUCCUGUCCACGCACUACAUGGACGAGGCGGAGCUGUUGGGGGACCGCACCGCCAUCAUCUCACAGGGCCGGCUCUGCUGCUGCGGGUCCCCCCUCUUCCUCAAGGCCAGGCUCGGCACCGGCUACCACCUCACCCUGGUGAAGCGGGAGAGGAGCAGGACAGGCGGCAACACGGCCACUGUCCCCAAUGUCACCAAAAAGGUGGGACCUGAUGAUUAUCCCCCGAAGGGCAGCCAGUGUCUCCGUCCCGGGUGCUGGGCGGCACCGGGGGGCCAGGUCCUGCAGGAUGGCAGCGACUCCGAGCACAGCAGUGACACCGGCCUGGGCAGCGAGCGGGGCAGCGACGCCAGCGCCGUGGAUGUUGCCCAGCUGUCGGCGCUGAUCCAGAAGCUGGUCCCCGGCUCCCGGCUGGUGGAGGACAUUGGGCACGAGGUGCUCUUUGUCCUGCCCUACAGCGGGGCCAGGGACGGGGCCUUCGGGGAGCUGUUCCGCGAGCUGGACGCACAGCUGGGGAAACUGGGGGUCUCCAGCUACGGCAUCUCUGACACCACCCUGGAAGAGAUCUUCCUGAAGGUGGCCGAGGACGCAGCGCUGGACCCUGACACCGCAGGCACCGUGAAAGGAGCAGUCCCUGUCGAGACGGGGGAUGGGGAUGUGGCCGAUGGAGAGAUGGCCAAAGGAGCCCGGCGAGCGGAGGAGCCCCGGGAGACGGACCUGCUGCGGGGGGCGGCGGGGCAGGCGUGCGGCAGGGUGCGGGGCUGGGCGCUCACCUGCCUCCAGCUCCGCGCUCUCUUCACCAAGAGGAUGCUCCACGCUCGGCGCAGCACCCGCGGCUUCUUCGCGCAGAUCGUCCUCCCCGCCGUCUUCGUCUGCAUCGCGCUGCUCUUCAGCCUGAUCGUGCCGCCCUUCGGGAAAUACCCGCCCCUGCAGCUCCAGCCCUGGAUGUACGGGCAGCAGUUCACCUUUUUCAGCAACGACGCCCCAGGAGACCCCGACACAGCCCGGCUGCUGGACGCGCUCCUGGCUGAGCCCGGCUUCGGCACCAAGUGCAUGAAGGAGGAGGGGAAGGCGACAGGGCUGUGCCCGCCAGCUUCCCAUCCCGACGGCUUCUGGACCCCCUCAGCGCCCCCGUCCCUGCUGGAAGUGCUGCGGAGUGGGAACUGGACACGGGCCGAGCCGUCCCCGCCGUGCCAGUGCAGUGGGCCGGGGGCACACAGGAUGCUGCCAGAGUGUCCUGAGGGGGCCGGGGGGCUCCCACCACCCCAGGUGCAGAGGGGCACAGGGGACAUCCUCCAGAACCUGACGGGCAGGAACAUCUCUGACUACCUGGUGAAGACUUAUCCCCAAAUCAUCCGUCAGGAGCUGAAGAACAAGAAGUGGGUGAAUGAGCAGAGGUACGGCGGCUUCUCCCUGGGUGCCGGCAGCUCCCAGGCCCUGCCGUCGGCAGCGGAGGUGGAUCGGGCGGUGCUGGAGCUCCGGGUGCUGCUCAACAUCACCCUGGGCAGCCCCUCGGAUCGGUUCCUGGCCAACCUCAGCCGCUUCGUUGAGGGUUUGGAUGCCCGCAGGAAUAUCAAGGUCUGGUUCAACAACAAGGGCUGGCACGCCAUGGUCUCCUUCCUCAACGUGGCCAGCAAUGGGCUGCUGCGAGCCCGGCUGCCCCCCGGCACCGACCCCGCGCUCUUCGGCAUCACGGCCGCCAACCACCCCCUCAACCUCACCAAGGAGCAGCUCUCCGAGGCCGCCCUGAUGGCCACCUCUGUGGACGUGCUGGUCUCCAUCUGCGUGAUCUUCGCCAUGUCCUUCAUCCCGGCCAGCUUCGUCGUCUUCCUCAUCGAGGAGCGGGUCAGCAAGGCCAAGCACCUUCAGUUCGUCAGCGGGAUGAAGCCCAUCACCUACUGGCUGGGCAACUUCGCCUGGGACAUGUGCAACUACCUGGUCCCCGCGCUGCUGGUCAUCCUCAUCUUCCUCUGCUUCCAGCAGGAAUCCUACGUGUCCUCGGCCAACCUGCCGUCCCUGGUGCUGCUGCUGCUGCUCUACGGAUGGUCCAUCACCCCCCUGAUGUACCCAGCCUCCUUCCUCUUCAGCAUCCCCAGCACCGCCUACGUGGCCCUGACCUGCAUCAACCUCUUCAUUGGCAUCAACGGCAGCGUGGCCACCUUUGUGCUGGAGCUCUUUGUGGACCAGAACCUCAAUGACAUCAACCGUGUCCUGAAGAAGGUUUUCCUCAUCUUCCCCCACUUCUGCUUGGGCCGAGGCCUCAUUGACAUGGUGAAGAACCAGGCAAUGGCCGAUGCCUUCGAGAGGUUCGGGGACAAACGCUUCGUGUCCCCCCUGUCCUGGGAGCUGGCGGGGAAGAACAUGUUCGCCAUGGCCAUCGAGGGCAUCGUCUUCUUCCUCUUCACCCUCCUGCUGCAGUACCAUCGCUUCUUCCUGCGCCUGGGGCCACGAGCUCUGGAGCUGCCCUCGCUGGGGGAUGAGGACCGGGACGUGGCCAGGGAGCGGGCCAGGGUGGGCAGCAUCCCCCCGCACGGCUACCUCCUGCUGCUGAAGGACCUGACCAAGGUGUACCGGCGCAGGAAGGCUCCGGCCGUGGACCGGCUCUGCGUGGCCAUCCCCCCCGGGGAGUGCUUCGGCCUCCUGGGGGUGAACGGUGCCGGGAAAACAUCCACCUUCAAGAUGCUGACGGGGGACACCGAGGUGACGCUGGGAGAGGCCUGGCUGAAGGGGCACAGCGUGCUCACCGACCUCCAGUCUGUCCACCAGCACAUGGGUUACUGUCCCCAGUUUGACGCCAUCACGGACCUGCUGACAGGCCGGGAGCACCUGGAGUUCUACAGCCGCCUGCGCGGGGUCCCGGAGGAGGAGAUCCCCAGGGUGGCUCAGUGGGGAAUCACAGCCCUGGGGCUGGGCCCGCACGCAGACCGGCCGGCGGGCAAGUACAGCGGGGGCAACAAGCGCAAGCUCUCCACGGCCAUCGCCCUCCUCGGCUGCCCCCCUGUCGUCUUCCUGGAUGAGCCCACAACGGGCAUGGAUCCACAAGCCCGGAGGUUCCUGUGGGAGCGCAUCCUUGGCGUUAUCCGGGACGGCCGGUCCGUGGUGCUCACGUCCCACAGCAUGGAGGAGUGUGAGGCGCUCUGCACCAGGAUGGCCAUCAUGGUCAACGGACGGUUCCGCUGCCUGGGCAGCGUCCAGCACCUCAAGAACAGGUUUGGGGACGGGUACACGGUGGUGGUGCGGGCAGGGGGCCCCGGCCCAGCGGCGGUGCAGACCCUGCUGCAGCAGCACUUCCCCGGCAUCGUGCUGCGGGAGCAGCACGGGGGGCUGCUGCAGUACCACCUGCCUGCCCGUGUCACCUCCCUGGCCACCGUCUUCAGCCUUCUGGCCGCCAACCGUGGCCCCUGCCACAUCGAGGACUACUCCGUGUCCCAGACCACGCUGGACCAGGUCUUUGUGCACUUUGCCCAGGAGCAGAGCGAUGGGGACGCCGGGGAGGUCACAGCCCCAGCACAGAAUGCGGCCCCCAGCCCCAGGACAAGGCUGAGCACGUUCCUGGAGGACAAGAGCUAUGAGGAGAGCCCCGUCUGAGUGUCCCAUGGACCCCCACAGCCCCCUCCCUGGUUGUCACCGCAGCAGGAACCACGGUGACAGGGCUCUGGGGUACUGCAGACCCCCAAAGAGCUGCACAGAAGAGGCCUGGGCACAUCCUGCCCACUGCCAUGGUGUCACCAUCUGAGGGGACAGUGGGUGCUGGCAGGGGUCAGCGUGCCAGGACAGGACUGGCCCCGGCUCCCUGCGGUGGGGUUGAGCUGGAUGUGGGGGGUCUGGGGCUGGCCUUGGGACCCCGCUGCUCCCCACCGGAGCCGGAGCUUGCUGUAACAGAGCAAUUCAAUAAAAACCCACGGUACUA